GAAAAUCAUCGAUUCUUUCACAGUGCUUUAUCGUUCCCAUAGAAUUUGGAGCGAAUUCGCAAAGAGUGAUGGCUGCGUCCGAACCCGCCGAUCACCAGAGAACAGUCGGGGCGGAGCUGCAACCCAUGCGCGAUCCGUCUCAACCCUCCCCCCUCUGGAGCAUCGAGCUAUCGACUAUCUCCCAGAUUAUGGCGGACAGACGCCCCGCAAACCAGUAUCUGCAGCGGCUACUCACAGAGAAUGAGGUACACAAGACAUUAGAAGGUGUCUUUAAGUCCUGGGUUGAAGACGAGAAGCUAAAUACGUUUCCUGCGGAUUCCGACUUUCGACGGUACGCAGCCACCGGGCUAGAGGCAAAGGACGCCCUCCUCUCAUACCAUUCUCGGGUGAGAGCUUUACCUCCUAGUAAAUGGCCAAACCCCACCCAGAUGAUGCCAAAUUCUUGGCGUUGUUCCUGGUACAUGAAUCUACCACUAGUGAGGGGAACCCAUAUCCAUGAUGCCUGGAUAUGGUCCCUAGACUUGACAUUCUUUCCAUGUGAAUCGGAGACAGGGGGCUAUUCUGCAGAGUUUCGGGGGUUAGCAUCAGUUGACGCAGACCUCUCGGGUAAGAUAUUCAUGGACGGCGACAAGAGUGCACAGCUCCAAUAUUCAGCUCCGCCGGCUGUAAAAGAUUGGGCGGUAGAUGGGAAAGUACGGUGGACCGACCCCAAGAGCCACUCGCAGUGGAAAUUUUCGAUAAGAGGAGGCGAGAAGGUCGUCCUGUGCGAAGGGAUUCAGCCCGUCGUUGGAGCCGGGCCGGUAACAGGUUACCGCAAAUUACCGUCCACUCUCGAGAUACCAAAGACGAUCCUAAAGACGACCAAGGAAAUGCCAGUGAAGGGGUUGUUCAGCUUAUGGCCAGCUGGGUGCCUGGAAAUUGCUCCGGCCGACUUUCCCAUCAAGAACUCGAAGGUGUAUGAUCCCAGUGGGUACCUACUGAUGCUUUAAGUCGUGGAGGAAUCUGGGGGGACCCAAUAUGGAGUUGCAAUAGGAGGACUCUCUGCGCAGUGGUGGCCGAAGGUGGAUAGACGUCUAAUGUAUCGUGGGGAAUGUGCUCGCCAUAUAGAGUGGUUAUAGUGGAUAUAUCAAAUCAUUUUGAAUAA